UUGUGAGUGCUCUCCGCACAGUUUGACAACGAAAUGAAUCAUCAAGUGUGCACAUGAAGUUCACUCAAGACUGCAAUGUUGUGUUGUUGUUAGUAUUGCAUUGACACGUCUCACGGUAGAAACGCAAGAUGGCAUCGGUAGAGGAUCUGAAGCAACAAAUCGAGGCGCUGCAGCGUGAGCUGUGCCAAAUGAAGGCAAGUUCCUCCGGCGGUGCCAGAGAGAAGAUAGAGAAAAUGUCAUCGGAAGUGGUGGAUUCAAAUCCCUACAGUCGACUCAUGGCACUGCAGCGUAUGGGAAUAGUAAACGAAUACGAAAGGAUUCGACAGAAAAGCGUUGCCGUCGUAGGAGUUGGAGGCGUAGGCAGUGUAACAGCUGACAUGUUAACCCGUUGCGGGAUCGGGAAGCUGAUUCUUUUCGAUUACGACAAAGUGGAGCUGGCCAAUAUGAACCGACUUUUCUUCACCCCAGAUCAAGCCGGUCUUUCGAAAGUGGAAGCUGCGGCAAAGACUUUGAACUUCAUCAACCCUGACGUUAAAAUCCUGACCAACAAUUACAACAUUACGACGGUUGACUCGUUUGAUAUGUUUUUGAACGCCAUCAAAACCGGAGGAGUUGAAGAGGGCACUCCUGUGGACUUGGUACUGAGUUGCGUAGACAACUUCGAAGCCCGUAUGGCCAUCAACACGGCAUGCAACGAGCUGUCUCUGAACUGGUUUGAGUCCGGUGUUUCGGAAAAUGCUGUUUCCGGACAUAUUCAGUUCAUUCGCCCGGGAGAAACAGCAUGCUUUGCGUGUGCUCCUCCGCUGGUGGUAGCGGAGAACAUCGACGAAAAAACUCUGAAGCGAGAAGGCGUAUGCGCUGCCAGUUUGCCCACUACGAUGGGCAUUGUCGCGGGCAUGUUGGUCCAAAACACACUCAAGUAUUUGCUAAACUUCGGCACCGUAUCGGACUACCUGGGUUACAACGCGCUGAUUGACUUCUUCCCCAAGAUGAGUCUCAAGCCAAAUCCAACUUGCGACGAUCGGUUUUGCAUGGAACGCCAGAAGGACUAUGCAGCACGACCUAAAGCAGAGGUAGUUGAGGAAGUCGUUGAAGAGGACACGCCACUUCACGAGGAGAACCUCUACGGUAUUGAGCUUGUUGCAGAGGAUGAAACGCAAGGAGCUCAACCGUCUACAGGAACUCCCAACACUAUUUCAAGUGGUUUAAAAUUGGCUUAUGAAGCACCAGCUGUGACGUCGCAUUCCGAUACUACACCAACCAAUGCCGUCGGCGACGAUGUUAGCUUAGACGAUCUGAUGGCACAAAUGAAAUCGAUGUAAAACUCGUACACAGGUGUUUAUAUUUUGUUGUAUUAUUUGCAUUUUUUUAUUCCAAUAAAUAUGCUUCAAUUCGAUUGUUCUUAAUAA